AUGGUCGAGAAUCAAGGCGCCGCCGUUGUCGGCCGAUACCAGCGCUAUAAAGCCGGGACGCAAAAAGUGGUCAACUGGUUGGCGAAAACUGCCGCUAAGUAUUGCAAGCUCGACAACGUGCUCGCCGGUCACCAAAAGAGCAAACCGGCACCCAACAUCGCUGUCACAAUCGGCGUCAAGUCGCACGAGUUGGUUGCGCUUGUCAAGAUCAUCGCUGCGAAUCAGCAAGCAACURUGCCUGCUGGUAUCCUCAAGAUUCUGCAGGAUGUCAUUGAUGGACGCCAGAGCGCCGCAGACUGGUACGCUCAUAAGGCCACAGAAGGAGACGUCAAGAUUGCCGACCGGAAUGGGAGGCAUGUCCAUUUCAUCGGCAUUCUGCAGACGAUUCAACAGUAUCUCGACGGACUCGAAGUGACGCCAGGUAGCGAGCUCGAGCCCAUGUCAUCCGCUAAAAAGAGCAAAAAGAAGAAGAAGAAGAACGACACCGGGAAGGCGGUGAAGUCCGUUGAUGAAAUUCGCAAUCUGUUCGAAUACCUCGAGGUUGAAGAGCCUUCAGCUGCCCCGCUGGGCUUAUUAGGACCUUCAAAUACAGGAGUCAAUGAGGAGACGCCAAACUACGAGCUCGACGGCGAGGAAGAGACGGACGUCUUUGCUCUUUGGUGUCAUCUCAAGGAUAUGAGCGAUGUGCGUGUCUUUGUCAGAGGCGUGUGGAUCGAAUACUGCCGAGGCGACGUUACGAUCGAGGUUGCUGGUACAGUCGCCGACGCCGCUCUUGCGCUGCUUGCCAAAGCGCAUGAAGCUUUUGCAAGCACUCAUGAUACUUUCAACGACUGGGCUGAUAUUAUGAACUUCCUUAACCUCCAGGUCGGAUUCAACAAUAACGCUGUCUGCGUCUUUCCAAGAGGCGAGAACGCUCUUGCAGCCCAUUUCGCACCCGACACCAAACCAACGGACCUGCUUUGUCCUUCGGCAUCGAUGAAACUUGGUGCACUUCAGGAAUGUCUUUUGCAGUACUACCAGGACGCAGUCCAGAGUGGCUUCGUCCAGGGCGGCCCUCUGUCCAAGGGUUUGAAUGCUCCCACCAAAGUCACGGCGUCGGACCCUCCGGACCCGUUGAGUUCAUUCAGUAUCCCACUUCUAUCCAUCAUACCACAGAUAACCAGGACAAGAAAGCUCAACGAGUCUGGACUUGGAAAGACAGCCUUUACAAAGGGACUCCUGCCCUUGAUUGGAGAGCCAGGCAUGGUUCAGCCAAUGUCAACGAUCUUCGCUGUUCAGAUCUGUAUGGACAUCAACGAGCUUGUGGGUCAUUUAUCCUGCGGUCUCGAUUCCAUCCAGAGGACAGCGUUACAUGUCACCCAAACCAUCGAUGACAUCUCCCAGCUUUACAAUAGCCGGCCGUUCUUAAAUGAUGCGAAGCAAGAAUUUGUAAAGAUUCGCGAUCUAGCCACCACCUUAAGGCAGGAAGCCGUCGAGCACGCCCAAAUUCUCGAGAAGCCACAGCCCAAGGCUAGCGAUACUAAUGCAGAGCUAACCAAGCGUCAACGCGCCGAAUCUUUGCCCUCGGCCCUGUAUGCUCUGCUACACCGCGAAGGUCAAGAGUCAUAUACCAUGAAGCUACGGCUGUUCGAGGAAUGCACCGUAUUGGCCAAUCAAAAUCUUGUCAUGAUUCUACUGGCGCAUUUCUACAGCGCGGCGCGGAGGUACGRUCUUGUAACGGCUGUCUGGCACGAUCUCGACUUUCUGGUCACCCAGCACAGUACUCGCCGUCCAUUCAUCACCAAAACCCAUUCAAACACCGUUGACAAAUACGGUGCUCUCAAGAAUCUUGUCGCUGACUUGGAAGGUCCGGCCUCUGGACUCACUCAUGUCACAAUCCCUCCGCUUCCCAGCUUCACGGUACCGACGAAUUUCAAGCGCAUCGAUGCGGAGGAUGCGACGAUAGUGAAAGCCCUCCGCCAGCGCGACUGGAAGCAUGCGGACAAGUGUUUGAGCAGGGGAGAAGUCCUUGAUGCACUCUUGUCCAGCAUAGCGACGAAGACUCACCACGGUACCCCGGCACAAAAGCGCCAGCGAUUCACCCCGACCCAGCUUCUAACCACGCUCAAGGUAUCGCUAAUCAACGACGAGAAGAUGCUUAACUUCUCGUAUUUCGAAUUCACCGAGCUGUGUCUAAAACUGCUUUCCAAGCUGGUUGCGGUCUUUGUAGCUAGCAAUAAAUCGUGUGAGUAUCAUUUUCAGGCUGUAUACUACAUGCUCAAGGGCGCAGCCGAUGCCGAUGUACAAGGUCGCCCUGUAUCAGGCACGACAUUCGGUCGAGCUGCGGCAGUCCUGCAAUCUGAACUCCAGUCGAUGGAAACCAACAAGUACUGCCGAGCCGCAUUGAAUGCCUCCAGCGGUCACAUUCCAAAGUCGCAGCGCCCGAACUACAGCAGCAAGGCUGAUGAAGCGGAGCCAGAGCUUGAAGAACUCUUGCAGAAAUACCCCGACAUCUCCGUGGGCUUAACUCGCGACACCUUCGAAUUCUAUGAUCCUGCAGGAUCGUUUGAGAAGUUCUCUGGGAUGCUGCAGGAUGGCUUCAUGAAGAAGUUCAUGCCAAAAGGUUCUGCGGGUCCGAUAAUUGGAAUAGUGGACAGCGAGGGAUGGAAGGAUGCUCAUGGUGACGAGGAAGGCUUCGCUGUCUUUCAACAUGGGGAGGGCGCGAAUGGUGGAGUGGCAUGA